AAAACAAGCUGCCUCUUCUUAUUUCUUCCACGUCUGAACAGACACCACAUCAGCGAGAGAAGAGCAUUCUGAACUUGUUGUGGAGGGAAGAUGUUUCUACAGGCUGAUUUGCUUCACUGAUGAUUGGAAUAAGACACUUUUUGGCAGUUACUGUGUGGAUUAUGACUGAAUGAUAUUAUAUAUCAGAUACCAGACAUGGAUAUGAGCAAUAAGACACCGAUUCUUGUCUUCCUGAUUAUCUACAUAAACUGUGUGUCAGCAGGAAAGAACGUCCCUAAGCCUGACGACCUGCAGGUGAAUAUUUUGGAUGGGGAGGUAAUAGCACUUUGGAAACGACCUGUGGACGCCCCCUCAAACUCCCAGUACAAUGUAGAAAUGGGAAAGUACUAUGGGCACUGGGCCAUUGUGGACAGCUGCAAGGGGAUCAAUCAGACCUACUGUGACCUCAGCAGCCUUAUAGAUGACUAUCAUGCUGGCUACAAGGUCAAAGUUCAGCUGGUUGCAGGAAAUUACACGUCUCUUUGGACCAUAAAAAAGAAAUUUCUCCCAAAUACAAGCAAAUUUCAGCCUCCCUCCUUCACUUUGUGGGCUACUUCCAGCACUCUGACAGUUUAUGUUCACCCAAAACCCAUUCUGAAAAAAAUGUUUCCUUUUGGGCUCACCUACACCAUCUAUCUGGAAGAGACAGGACAAAAAAAAAAGAAUACCACAGCAUACCUGGAAGAUGACGAGGAGGAGGAUCAGAGGACUAAGUCUUUCAGUUCCCUCCACUGGGGGAAAGAGUACUGUGUCAGCAUCAAGGUGGAGGGAAAUGGAGCUCCGUCCACCAACAGUGUGUCCCCUAAACAGUGUCUGCGGCUGCCAGAGCAAGAAUGGUUCAUAAUUGCUGUAUCAUCCCUAUCUAUUCUGGGUAUGUUGGCCAUCAUUGUUAUCAUAGCAACCAUCAUCCUAUGUUACCUGAAACGUCCAGAGAAAACACCUGCUGCAUUGAAAUCCCCUGUUAGUGGCUGGCUUCCGAUCUCUGUUGGAGAAGGGACUAUGGAGGUUGUUACUGACAAAGGAUGGUUCCUGUCCAGUUACAGAACACCAGUGAAAGAAUGUGUCAAAGAUCCAGUGACACAUGUUACGGUAAAAGAGAACAAUGAUGAGGAGGACAGGAGGACCAGCUUGGACAGCGGCGUAGGCAUGGAGUCCAACUCUGCUACAAACACCGGAGGAAGUCCUCCAAUGACACAUGAGGACAGUGGCUGUGGGAGCUUGGUAGGACCAGAAAGCUCCACUAGCUGUCAGACAGAUUACCCCCUGCAGGAUGAGAGGACUGGUAUGGACAUAACUAGGAAAAGGGAGGAUAGUGGGGUGGGGCUAGCCUGCCAGCUUCAUUCUUCUUCUAUAAUUCUGGAUGGACAGGACAGUGGGUCUCUUAAGGUUGCUGGGAGUAAUUAUCGGAGCCAAAGCCGCUCUGUUGUGCAGAUUCAUGUCUGUGAUGAUGAGGAGGAGUUCAAACAGAUGUUUCCUGACUCAGUUUUGGCCGAAGUGGUCACAGGUUACAGGGCUGGGCCUCAAUCGUGUAUCUGCUCAGGAGCAGGUCAGUGCACUUGGUGCCAUAAACAAGGCCAUUAUGGAACUGAAGUUAUCAAACAAUACAGAGCUGUGUGCAUCGAAAAUGGACUACUGAGCAGCAAAUGUGAUUUUGUGGACUCUUACAAAGGGGAGCUUACAUUUUCAAGUUAUUCUAAAACAACACAAAUGGACACUGUCAUGGUGGAUGACUCAGAAACAACUUUUAUACAACUGGGGGACACUUUCCCUCUGCUAACAGCUCUAUCGCCACUGUCCCUAGUGGAGGAAGGACAUGACCUCAAUAUGAACAAUAUGUCCCUCUCUCUCUGUGAUGUACAGCUGAAGACUGAAUGACACGCUGUGGAAUGCAACAACGCAAUUUAUGAAAACAUGCUGACAUAACCUGUGAGUGCUAUAAUAGAGCAAUGAAUCCCUUUUCCUACAUGACACACUUUUUGAAUCAUGAAAGACGAAGAGAAGAUUAGUUAGUAUUUUGGGGGGAGGAAUUGUUCCAGUAUAGAAAAUCUGAAGGAAAAAGGGUGGAACGGUAAAGAAAAAACAGAGUUGUUGAACAAAGGAAGGAAAUAGAGGUUAGACCAGACAGCUGCUGGCUGGUAACUGUUGGUUGGAGUCUCAUGAGCGUCAAGGGACAGAGAACAUAAAGUCAAGGAACUUAUUUAACUCUUAGUCUCACUGGGUAUAUUCACAACUGACUAAAAUGCUGUAUGCCGGAAGUGAAACUGGUGUGGGAAGCAAUGCAGAGAAACGGUUUGACAAUUACGUGCUUUUGGACAUUUUGCGACUUCUCCCUGACUCUCACCUCCGCCAACAAUGAUGCCCUAUGUCGGUAACCAACCCAUAAAGUUUCUGAAAAGUAGUUAUUUUUUUACCACUAUUUAAAAAUUAGACAGUAUAAUACUUGUGAGCCACUUCAAAGUAGUAAGAUAUCAAGUGGUGUCAGACAAAGGAGCAAAUAUCUUUGACAUUUUGUCACAGAUAUGAAGCAAGUGACAUUCAUAUUCUAGUCUUAUAGUCUUAUAGCCUAAACUGCUGGUCUGUGUUUCAGCUCCUUUCCUGUUUAAAUUAUGUAUUGGAUACGAAAAAAAAACUAUUCAUUGUGAAUAUAUGUGACUCUGCACUUCUAUGUGUCAUUAAAAGAAACUGGAAUGUUCUGUUAAUGUCAUACAUUCACACAAAAAAACCAAGCAUAUGACAUGAUGUUGAUUUCAGAACUGACUCAAAUAAACAAGGAAAACCCUGAA